AUGAAGAAUGGCAAAAAACAAAAUGCUUUGUUAAAGUUUCCCUUAUUCCAUUUUGUGUCUUAUAACAUGGAAAAAGCCCUGAAGAAGCAUAAAAUCAAUGCUUAUUAUACAAGUAGAGGAAACCUCAAAGAUUUACUUAGUGGAUCAAAGGACAAAAUCCUACGAAAGAAAAAUCAGGAUUAA